AUUCGCAAGUCACAACCAACCACCACAAGAGAAGCAAGCAACACAGCAAGUGACCGCCUUCCUGCUACGACCCGACUCCAUCUCUUAUCUACUUCGCCCGUGCACGUAAGCUCCAAUGGCGACCACGGUGGUGACCUCCAUGGGCUCCCUUGUCACCGCCGGCGUGCGUGCCGGCCGCUUCCCCGCCCGGCUUGCGCCGCGCCGUCGCGCCCUGGUCGUCAGGGCCCAGAGCGAGCCGGAAAUGAAUCCAACGGAGGAGACGAGCGCCAAGCCGAAGGCCAAGGCGAGCCCCGGCCUCUGGGACGCGCUGGCGUUCAGCGGCCCCGCCCCCGAGCGGAUCAACGGCCGCCUCGCCAUGGUCGGCUUCGUGUCCGCGCUCGCCGUCGAGGCGUCGCGGGGGGACGGCCUCCUCUCGCAGGCAGGGAGCGGCUCCGGUCUGGCCUGGUUCGCGGCCACAGCCGCGGUGCUGUCCGUGGCGUCGCUGGUGCCGCUGCUCCAAGGGGAGAGCGCCGAGGGCAGGAGCGGCGGCUUCAUGAGCGCCGACGCCGAGCUCUGGAACGGGCGCUUCGCCAUGCUCGGGCUCGUCGCGCUCGCCGUCACCGAGUACCUCACCGGCGUGCCGUUCGUCAACGUGUGAAUACGUCGUAGCCCCUGAGUACCUGCAGUAGCUCCUAGCUUCGUAGGAUUUUGCAACUGUGUAUGCUCAUAGCUUUUGUACAUACGUGCGUAUAGUACGUGUGUAUGUACGGCCAGGUAGUGUACUGCCUUGAUAUACGUUAAUCAGCAAGGAAACAUUGCAGCAAAAUUAUUGCAGGAAUCCUAAUUAAUCUUCCCUAAUUUAUAGUACAUUUUACUUUGUCU